AUGAAAGUUUGUAUUCGCAGAAUACCGACAGCGAUCGAAGAGCUGCAAGACCCUUGCUACCUGUCCGUCGAGCAGCUGCUACGCCUUCCGGUGGAGAUCCAAUCGCAUAUUGUUGAUUACCUGCGAAUGCCCGAUAUGCUGUACAUGGCUCGAGCCGCGCCGAUCCUGAUGGAUUUCAUCACAGCCGUUCCCAAGUUCUGGGUGAUCGCUGGUUGGGGCCAAGAAAGCCAGCAAGAGCAGAUCUUCUUCUGGUUCGUGAAACGGCUCCCCACUGACAACUGGGCAUAUGGUGUGGCGAAUGGUGACAACAAUGAACAGUACUGCCAGCUGAUGCUCGAGGGAACGGGCCUGAUGGAAAAGUGCGACCUUGGCACCUACAUCGAGCACGUCACGAUGCUCUGCAACAACUCACGCGUCGGCUUGUGGUACCACACCACUCGGUUGUCGCACGGCGGUGAGCCCUGGACGUCGAAUAUUAAGGAAACGACCUACAGCUUUGACGCUCACGAUUUUGUUGGCGGAUCGCCGUUCCCGGAUGGCAACUUCCACGCCAGUGUCGUCGUGGUCGACUGGAGUCUGGAUCACCCCGACGGGCUUUUGCGGAAGGUUGUCCACGACGUGAACCGAUUUCCGAGUGUCAAAGAGCUGAUCGUGAACCUCACUGAUCUAUACCUAUUGGAGCUGCCGGAGGUGGUCAAGUCAAAGGUUCCGGCGAUGAAGGUGUACUGCUGGUGGAAAUUACCUGGAAAACGUGGAGACCUGGCAAAACAA